AUGCUUGUCUACCACCGAGAUCGCAUGCUGGAAGCUGCUCAGUACUUCGACUGGGACAACGUCGCAACCAGCUUGAAAGAUGGCGUAGGCUUCUCUCGAACUUUGCUCUCAGAAGUGGAAAGAUAUCAGGCAGGGAAGGGCUCUAACGGUGAGCCCUUGAAAAUACGCGUCCUCUUCAACAAAGCUGGAGAACUCAAGGUCGACUGCGUGCCUGUGCCACGUGCACCAUUAGAGACGUUGUAUCCUAAAAGUCUCGAUCCUCCGUCGAGAUCAAGUGCGUCGGAUACUCAACAAGCAUCAAACCCUUUUAAGCCGUCGCCAUUGACCGGUGGCGCGCUCGAGCUGGGGCCAGGAGACCACGUCAUCUCUGGUUUUGCGUCCAAGCCAGCGCCUCCGACGUGGCUGUUGACUCUCGACACGGAGCCAACGCCAAGCAGUGCCCAUACGGCGCUCAAAACGACGCACAGGCCGCACUACGACGCAGCUCGAGCUCGAGCACUUCCAUCUUCAAGUUCUCGCUCGAGUAAAACGGGCGCGCAGAGUACGACUACGGGCACAGAGAUGUACGAGACGUUGCUCUACAACGAGUGCGAUGAGAUGACCGAAGGGAGCCUGACAAGCGUGUACUUCUUCCGCGGGGGACGAUGGGUGACGCCGCCUGUUGGUGUUCCGGCUGAUCUGUCCCGGUAUGCCGAUGACCUGGAGUCAACCUCAAGCAAAGAUGGUACGUCAAGUGCCGUGCGAGGUGAAGGCAGCGCCCAGUCCUCUAGGAGUGAUAACCGGGAUGAAGGGGAGCUUCGCAGACCGUUUCCUGGCCGCUGGGGCCACAGCGUGCGGAGCGAGAAAGUCGCUGGGGGUGGUGGGCAGAGAGGCACGACGAGGCGGUGGGCGCUGCAGAAGGCCUUGUGUGUCGAGGAGCCUGUGAGCAAAGACACAGUAAGAGCCGGAGAGGGAGUCUGGAUCAGCAAUGGAGUCCGUGGCUUUGGCUACGGUACUGUCAUCGAGAGGUAG